AUGGGGUUGUUGGUCUCUACACAAGGCCUGCCGUCCAGCCUUCAUGUCGCUCGCAGCCAGCGAGACUUUGCGUUUGAGCGAACCUUCAGCCAUGGCAGCAAAUCUGCCAUGAUCCUAAGCACGGCUGGCAUAUUCUCGGGACUCUCAUGCCUCAUCGUCCUGCUACGCUGCUACGCUCGGUUCUACCUACUAAGGCGCUGUAGGCCAGAUGACGGAAUGCUAGUCGUGGCAACCGUGUUCUCCUUCGUGUGUAUUGCAUUUUUAAUAGAUGAGUCGCGGCAUGGGCUGGGUGAAUAUACGGAUGACAUGUCGAUCCCGGACAUCGAGAGACUAGCCUUGAUAUCAUACAUCCAUUGGAUUUUCUUGAUAAUAGCCAAGUCGAUGGUGAAAGUCGCAAUUUGCUUCCAGUUUCUUCGGAUUCCGCAGCCGAAAGCAUGUCUGCUACUGGUCAAGGGCUUAAUGGGACAGGAUGUUGUGACAGACUUGAUUCUCACGAACCUACCGCUUUAUUAUUUCCCUCCAAGAAGCCUAGUACGGCGUGCAGGCAUUGUCCUUGCUGGCAUUGUGGGACUGGGUGUAUAUCUUGACAGCGGGUAUAGGGGCGAUAUCUUCUUCCUGCUGAGCACGCUCGAACUCCAUAUUGCCAUAAUAGCAUGUUCAAUACACACUCUUCGCCCCUUAUUCGAGAGCUACAGCGAUGCAAUCUUCAUCAGUCGAUACGGUCAUGACGGCCAUAACCUCGAUGACGACUCCUCUUCGACCAGUCCAGGCGACGGUUCUAGGAUACGAAUGAUCUCAAUAUCCAAAUAUGCAUCCAACCGACUAACGUUUGAUGAGGAUAGGCUCAGUCCAAUUAACAGCUACGACAGCAAGAACAGGGGGCCGCAUUGCAGUGCAAGGGUGGGCAGCAUUGGGCCGGCAUUGUCAUCGGCAUCAGCGUGUGAAUAUAAAGUUGAAGUUAGCGCUUCAAGGGUAUCACCUACAGGGACUUAUCACCUCCCUCCUUUCCUCAAGGAUGCGCAGAGUAACGGCUCACUUCGAAACGGCGGCGAGACACAACUGGGCGCACUGCCUGGGAUAAUGUGUACGACAGACGUAUAUGUUCGGAUGGACAGCCCGUCGGAAAAAGCGAGCGUACAGGGAGUCUAG